AUGUGCCAGGUGGGCAAUAAAAGCUGGAUCUUCACAGAUUCAGAGAGCUGCUUCGUGGGCAAGGAUCUGCGGCUGUAUCAGUGCACCUGCCCCAUUUCCACCUGCGACGUCACGCCAAUGGGUAAUGAGUGCCGUUUCACAACGCCCUUUCUUGUAUUCUGUGGGUUGUUGUUUGCCAUCUGGCUGCUUGCUGUGGUGGCGUAUGUGCACGUUUCAGGUCUCGUUUUGGAGCACCGGAAAUCACUUCUGCCGGAUAAGAGCCACUUUGCACGUGGUGGCUACUACUAUGACAAGCUCUUCGGCAGCGAAAAGAGGAAGAAAGGCGCGCUAGCCGAGGACACUUCAGCGGAGCUACCUCGAGAGGGUUGA